AUGCCGACUCCUAUCGAUCGCGCGGUGCAACAACGUGGCCCGUUCUUCGCUUUUGCUGCAGUAGUUGCUGGUGUUGCAGCAUGGAGUAUUUGGGGACAAGACAUCUUUCCCAGUCAAGACCCUACUGGAGACCCAGAGACAUGGACACACGACCAAUGCGUUACUUGGCUCAAGCACAGGAAUCUACACCCCUCUCCACUCGCAACGACAGCUGAACUGCUGGAGAGGAUCAAGGCGAACAUGAGGGUAGCAAGAGAGCGGACGCCAGGGCAAUAA